AUGUCACAGCUGGACAUGAGACAACGGCCUAUGCCGGAGCGCACACGACAAGAGGCCCCCAAGAUCUUUAGAGCAUUGCCGGCCCCGAUUGUCAGAGCAUCGCCGGCCACGAAUCCGAGCCAAUUCGUGAUCCAGCAGCCUACAGGACCGGUGGUGGCACCGCCCGGACUACUGUACAUCGUCGGCUCUCACCACCAAGUGGGCGUACCCACGGAACGCUUCGCCGUCGACAUGGAGCUCGCCCACGCCCACUCCCCCGUGCUGAAGCGAUGGACCGGCCAGAUAAACCCCCACGGGCCCUACCUGAACUCCUGGACGGUUUGGAACGCCGAGGAUAUCACGGUGCGGCUGCUGGUGCGCUUCUUCUACACCGGCGCGGUCGAGUGGUGCGACGACGUCCCGCUCAUGCACGCAACCUUCUCCCGGCCGCUCGCCGACCGCUUCGACCACUGGAUCCGCCUCUGGGUCGUCGCCGACGAGCUGAGGUGUCGCCGCUUGCAAUCGCACCUCAUAUUCCGCAUCACGGAGGAAAUCAAGCUGCAGGAGGCGAAGAUGGAGCAGUGGGGCCGGGAGAUGAACCCCAAGGAGCGCGAUUCGUGGACCGUUAUGGGCAUGAUUCUGACGAGGGCGGCGGUUUGCGCGAGCUGGCUGAUUCGGACGGCGCUGGGGGUCGAGCUGGAGCCGUUUCCCCUCUACCCGUGGGCAGCGUACAGAGAUAUGGAUAAGCUCGACAAGUUUGAGCGGCUGGAAUUUCUGGCAAUGUAUCUCGGUAUGGUCUGCCGGGAUGAAUCUCAGCUUGGAAUCAUGGAGCAUCCAGAGAUGAGGAAGUUCAUGGUCUAUUAG